AUGAAGAGUGUCUGUACUAAUAAAUAUUUACAUGUUACAGUAUUGUUAUCUAUUAGAGAAGCUAAUUCCUUACAACAAAGAUCUUUACAUACCAUUUUGAAGUUUGGUGUAGUGAAAGAGGAACAAGAAGAGAACUGUGAUAAAGGAACAGAAAAAACUGAGAACAUCUUUGUCACAGUGAAAACAGAGCAGCAUCAUGACCUACCAAAAGAUGAGGUCAUUUCAAAGUUCAGUGUCAGCAAUGAUGAUGAUUUGGAUAAUUCAAAAUAUAGUGUUAUCAAUGUGAAAACAGAAACUGAAUUCCAACAAGAUUUACAAUGUAGUGAAUCUAGGUUGGAAAGUACAUCUGAUAUAAAGACCAGUGUGAACAUCUGUUGUGGAAGCCAUUUUCCUGGUUAUCAUCUAUUAAAACAAGAAGAUCCAUUUAAAGAAGUUAUGAAAUCUUCAAAAUUAAACAGUGAUGUUUGUGGAAAAACAAAUUUAAAUGGAAGUAACAUAAAACAAACUAAUAUACAUGAGGGUGAUGAUAAACCAUACAGUUAUGUAACAUGUGGAAAGGAAAGUGUAACAUUGGAUAACGUAAAACAACACAAGAUAAUAACGUAUGGAAAGAAACUGUACAGAUGUGAAGUUAGUAGUGAACAUUUGAAUUUUAGUAGUGAUGUAAAAAAACAUAAAAAAACACAUAUUGGGGAGAAACCAUAUAGUUGUGCAACUUGUGGAAAAGACUUUAGAAAAAAUUGGGACUUAAAAAUACAUCAAAAAAUACAUACUGGGGAGAAACUUUACAGUUGUAACAUUUGUGGAAAACAACUUAGAACUAACUCUAGCUUGAAAGUUCAUGAACGAAUACAUACCGGGGAGAGACCCUACAUUUGUGCAGUAUGUGGUAAACAGUUUAGAACAAAUUAUGCAUUAAAAUAUCAUAAAAAAACACAUACUGGGGAGAAACCUUACACUUGUGCAGUAUGUCAUAAACAGUUUAGAACAAAUUAUUCAUUAAAAUAUCAUAAAAAAAUACAUACUGGGGAGAAACCUUACUGUUGUGUAGUAUGUGAUAAAAAGUUUAGAACAAGUGGUGGAUUAAGGUAUCAUAAAAAAAUACAUACUGGAGAGAAACCUUACAGUUGUGACGUUUGUGGAAAACAGUUUAGAAGUAACACUAGCUUAAAAGAACAUGAAAGAAUACAUACUGGGGAGAGACCCUACAGUUGUGUAGUAUGUGGUAAACAGUUUAGGACAAGUAAUACAGUAAAAUAUCAUGAAAGAAUACAUACUGGGGAGAAACCUUACUGUUGUACAAUUUGUGGAAAAGAUUUUAAAUCAACUUGUAACUUAAUGACACAUCAAAAAAAACACUGUGGAAAAACCUUAUUGUUGUGCAGUUUGUGAAAAGAAGUUUUGAACAAGUAAUGAAUUAAAACAACAUGAAAGAAGACAUAUUGAGGAGAAACCUUACUGUUGUGAUGUUUGUGGAAAAGACUUUAAAACAAAUGCCGAACUAAAACAACAUCAAAGAAUACAUACUGGGGAGAAACCUUUCAGUUGUACAAUUUGUGGAAAACAGUUUCCAGC